CAAAAGAUAAACAACUGGUACAGUGUCGACUUUUUCUUCUCUCUUCCACUCAAUGAAUCUCACAAUGUCCACCUCACAAUUGCUCUUUAAAAGAACCUACACCCUCCUCAAAAUCCCAUAUCAGAGAUUAUAGCUAUAAGCUCCUGAAUCAGAGCUAUGGCUUCCAACAAGGUCUUUGCUUUCGUUUUGGUCCUUUCUCUCCUUUUCUUCUCAGCAUUCUCAGUCUCUACUGAUUGCUGUAACUGUAAGCCUAAGCCCACACCGGCGGCUCCACCACCAGCAGCAUCUUGCCCAGAAGACACGUUGAAGCUCGGGGUUUGUGCAGGUUUACUUGGACUUACUCCUAUUGGAAGCCCUCCAUCAGGAAGCAAGUGUUGUGCUUUGCUUAAAGGUUUAGUCGACUUGGAAGCUGCUGCGUGUUUGUGCACUGCCAUUAAAGAUAAUGUUCUUGGAAUUAACUUGGAUAUACCUGUUACGCUUAGCUUGCUUAUUAGUGCAUGUGGCAAAUCUGUUCCUCCUGGCUUCCAAUGUGCAUAGAACAUUAUACGUGUAAUAAUUUAGAUCUGGUUUUUUUCUUUUUCCUUUAUGUGUUGAUCGUAAAACUCUUCCUGCUAAUGCAAGACUCAUCUGUGAGUUAUAUCAUUAGGUCUUUCUUGUUUCUAGGAAGUGUUUGCCCUGGUUGGCUGUUUAAUUACCUUAAUUAUUCUUAAUUGUGUUUUAUUUUUUUGUAUCUUCCUGUUGCUAAUUGAUGUGUGAUUUGUUUAAAUAACUAGGCAAUCAAGCUCGUUUGCCUUGAGUUAAUUGUACUCUUGUGCAUUUUCUUUUCGUGAUUAAUGCAAAUUAUCACUUUCUUGAGUAUUAA